ACUUAUAUAGCAACACUAAAAUUGACGUUUAGCUUUCGUGACUUUUGUCUGUCGCAAAAUUUUGCACCGACUCCUUGUAUAAGAAAGCAAUUUUAUUGCGUAUUUGAAAUCUGAACAAAAUGACUUCCGUUGUGAGGGCUGGGCACUUGGCUCCUUAUUUUAAAGCUACCUCGCAGGUGGUUGCUAAUGGUUUAAAACCCGCAGUAGUAGUAGCAACUCCUGCUGACAAGUUAGUUGUACAGCCUCUGCCGAAAACUUCGACUGUACAAUCUUUGCAUGGAGCCCUUCCUAUCCAGGGUCUGAAGGUCAAAUCUGGUAAUGCAAUCCCAGUACAAGUGCGUUUUGCCCACUCCGAUAUUGCGUAUCCCGACUUCACAGCGUACCGUCGCAAGGAAACACAGGACCCGAAGUCGAAAGCAGAUGAGAGUAUUGAUCAACGCCAGUCGUUCACAUAUCUCAUUGCUGGAGCGGGUAGUGUUGCUGGCGCCUAUGCAGCCAAAUCUGUUGUCACACAAUUUGUGUCUUCUAUGGCUGCAGCUGCUGAUGUCUUGGCCUUAGCUAAGAUUGAAAUCAAAAUGGCUGAAAUUCCCGAAGGCAAAUCUGUUACCUUCAAAUGGCGUGGAAAACCAUUGUUCAUCCGCCACAGGACAGCCAGCGAGAUCGCAACAGAGAAGGCGGUGCCGGUAGAAUCACUGCGUGACCCACAGCACGACGAUCAACGCACACAGAACCCCAAAUGGCUGGUCGUGAUCGGAGUGUGCACACAUCUUGGCUGCGUGCCCGUCGCGAAUGCUGGCGACUUCGGCGGCUACUACUGCCCCUGCCACGGGUCUCACUACGACGCGUCCGGCCGCAUCCGCAAAGGCCCCGCCCCCCUCAACCUCGAAGUCCCCCCACAUACUUUCAUCGACGACCUCCUAGUUGUAGGCUAAACGAUCCAUGUUAUUUAUUAGACAAUGUAUUUAUCGUUAAGGAUACACACAUCCAAAUGUACAUCAAUAGAGAUCAAUAAAAUGUGAUGCGAUUUAUAAUAUUCAUUUAUUUAAUUGUAACCUUUGGGAAGUAAUGAGAACCUUUUAUCUAUAUAUAGUAUAUCUUAUAUACAUUUUUAUGUAUUAGGUAUAUAAGAACCUGUACUAAUUUGUUCUCUUAUCACUACAUGUUAUAUUCAUAUUUAUAGUAGAAAUACAGUACUUGAAGCAAUA